UUAUCUAGGGUGAAAGAGAAGCAACCCUGUUUGGGGAUAAUAUAAUCGAUAAUCGUUGUUAUGUAGUGUCAUAUUUCUGGUAUUUGAUAUAUGUGAUCUGUGAUAUUAUUCUUCAACAUGCCUGCAACGGCUAUUCAUAAGUUUAUAACUUUUAUAGGAACUAUGUCUAUAUUACAUGCGGCUUAUUCUGCUGCACAACAUCGAUCCUAUUUACGAAUCACCGAACAGGAAUUUACUACUUUGCCAAUUGAUAUUUUAAUUCAAGGUAUAGUCAGUUUAUUUAUUGUUAUGUACGGUGUUAUGUACAUUGCUGGUGAUUUUAAAGAAAUUCGUGCAGUUGUUGAUUUGGAGAAUAAAUCCUGGGAAACACUGCGAAAUUUACCAUCCUUUCAAGUAUUUAAUCAUCGCGGGAGAUCUCUUUCACCAGAAUACAUUCCAGAAUGAAAUAGUUUUGAAAUAUUAAAUUAUUGAAAAAUAUAAUGGAUAUAUAGAUUUA